CUGACAGAGGGGGCGAGAUUGUCAGGGAAAGAGAAAUGAAGGAGUAAGCAAGAUUGUGCCUGCAACACAGAUUCACUCUCUCAGAGUACGGCUGACACUAAAAGAAGACAGGCAUGGUUGGAGACACACUGGAGGAGAGAGCAAGAAGCUAGGAGGAAAACAAGGAGGCGUCAGCAGCAGCCAGCCCUGGCCACCUUAUCGUUUCCAUCUAUAUACGGAAACCACUGGAUAAUUUAUAAGCCUCUCCCUCUCGCUCUGUGUGAGUGAGAGUGUGUGCGAGGGAGAGAAAGAGCGAGGGGGGGGAUUUGCUGAGCUCACCACCACCAUGCUGUGUCCUGCUGCUGUCAGUGCAGCUGCUGCGGCUCUCUGGCUGCUGGCAGUGCUGGGCCCAGGCCUGUCUGUUCCAGCUGAGGACAACUCAGAGGCAGGCUUCAGCCUCUGCAGCCACUGCUUCCACAGACAGACGCCUCCUCGGGGAGCCUCUGCAGGACCACUGCUGCGCCCACUCUGCCACACACUGCCCGGGGGACAGGCGUUUGCCACUCUGUCCAGACCGAACUGUGACACAGCUGUCUACUCUGCCUUCCAUCUCAGCCAUGGGUGGACAGAGAGCGAGGGAGAGGAGGGGGGAGAGCCUGUGACAGAGGAAGAAGAAGAAGACGACAUUAAAGUCGCAGUACCGGGUCUUCUCAGAGGAGGAGCUGUGGAUCCGUCUGAACCUGUCCCCCCCUCAGACUCCCCGCUCCAACACUGGGACUCAACAGUCACAACACUGAUCCAGUCGAGCAUCACUCCUAAAUGCAGCUCUGCAGAGGGCGAUCUCUACGUCCUGACCGGGGCGGGACGUCUCGGUGCUGCUGAGGAUGGAGAAGAGGAGUGUCAGACAAAGCUGCUGUGGUCUGCAGUGUGCUGCGCUGCCCCAGAGGGGAAGACUGGCUUCAGUGUGGGGUUAAUCAGAGAGGCAGGGGAAGGGGAGAGGCAAAUAAGCGUGAAGGAGCUGGAGGAGAUGCUCGGAGGAGCAGAGCUGUUCUCAGAAGGCUGUGGAGGAGCAGAUGGGGCCACUGUUGGUAUCACAGUGGGUCUUCAGAAUGAGGAGCUCCUAGGAAAUACAGAACAGCUAGAUGAGGAUCUCACUGAUGGAAACGCAGGUGCAAAUGAUGAUUCAAACAGUGCCGGUGGAGUCACUGAAGGAGAGGAGGCUGUUUCCGCCAGCCAAGAUUCAAAUGAAGACAUUAAGGAAAGCAGUGAGGCACCGAUCGCUGAAAAGCAGGUGGCUGGUGAUGAUGCUCAGCCAGAGGAAGCUGAUGUUGCAGAGGUCGCACAAGAAACUUCAGCAGAUGCAGCGACUUCAGAGAGCAGCAGUGAAGGGCAGCGUGAUGUGGCGCAUUCAAGAGCUGUCGGAUCAGAGUCCCCUGAGGCCUCCGCUGAAUAUGAAACUGUGGAUGAGCAGGAGACAGACACGAAUUCCAGCAGCACUCUGGUCUACAUCCUUUCAACUACCAUAUCCAUCAUGAAGGCUCCUCUGCGGCCUUUGUUCUCCACAAUCACACAGCUACCUGGACAGGUCACCUAUGUUCUUCAGGAGGACCUUGGAGUUCUAAGUGCCCUGCCUGGAGAUACCUACUCCGUGUUCCACCUCAUGACCUCUGACCUCCUGUCCUGGAUGUGCUCAGCUGGCGAAACGCUGCUGGGUGUUUGUGAAACCUGCUUCUCCAGCGCCUACUUCUGCUCCUCCUCCAUGGUGGGGGCUCUGCUGGACAGCUGCUACACUGGGGUCACUGGCAUGGGGACCCUGGCUGGGGACACAGUGGGGAUAUUUAGUGAUGCGCUGGAUAAUGGUUGGUGGGUGACAAAGUUCUUUGGAGGGCGGCUGUGGGAGCAGAUCAAGGGGUAUAUAGGGACAGUGGGGUCAGAGAUGGGGGGUCAGGUGACAGCUAUGGGUGGGGGUGUUGGGAGGCUGGUGUGGAGAAGUGUAAACGGGGUGGUUAAUGUGUUCAGUCUGGGCGUGGGAAUGAUAAUGGGGGCGGUGGAUGUGUUCAUCGGUGGAAUGAGGGAGGCUUUGGAGCAGAAGUCAGAGUAACAAGUGGAGGAAACCUGCUAACAUGCAAAACUACACUUGAUGCCAUUAGUAACAAACUUUUUCAAAUGUUUUCUCCAGUUUUGGUUUGUAAAUUUCUUUAGCAUUUAAGAGUGUGAAAAGGGGGUAAAUCUUCAAUUUGAUGUCAUUUGAUAUGCCUUAGUGAUUUUAGAAGGAUUGUAAUACACUAAAGCGAAUUUAGUGAAACACACAUUUCUUCCACUGUAGGUUUUACACUUCACUGUGGCUGGCGGUCCAAAUAAUCUGCUGUAUUUGAACGCUUGGAUAAGUGACCCAACUGUGAUCGAAAAACACUGUGCACAAGGCUUUUGGAUGUAAUUAUUCAAGUAAUUCUUGUAUGAUAAUUGUUAUGAUAACUGUUUGCUUACAUGUACAUUUGAAUAAAGGAGAGUGCUGCCUUAUUGUACU